GGUGAGCGGACGCCGGGCUCUACCUGGGCUGUCGUGACAGGUGCAGAGCAGCGCGGCGUCGCACUCGCUGCCCGGCCCGCCCCCCUCAGGCCUGGGCCGCCCGGCUCGGGAUGAGCCGCGGGCUCCGACCGAGCGUCUGCGGCUUCGGGCGCCUGGCACCGCCGCGGAGGAGCGGCCGCCGCCCCUAGGGGAAGGCGCAGGGAGACGGCUGAGCACGGGCAUGAGCUGGCCGCGCCGUCUGCUGCGGGACUAGGACGCCGCCAUGAACCUGCACCAGGUGCUGACCGGCGCGGUGAACCCCGGCGACCACUGCUUCGCGGUGGGCAGCGUCGGCGAGCAGCGCUUCACGGCCUAUGCAUCUGGAUGUGACAUCGUAAUACUGGGAAGUAAUUUUGAAAGAUUACAGAUCAUCCCAGGCGCUAAACAUGGAAAUAUUCAAGUGGGAUGUGUAGACUGUUCAAUGCAACAAGGCAAGAUUGCAGCAUCCUAUGGAAACGUUAUCUCUGUUUUUGAACCAGUCAAUCUGCCGAAAAAAAAGAAAAAUUUGGAAUUUUAUAGUCAGUGGCAGAAAAGUGGCCAAUUUUUUCUGGACUCAAUAGCACAUAAUAUAACCUGGGAUCCUGCAGGUAAUCGUCUUUUAACUGGUUCCAGCUGUCUGCAGCUUUGGUGUAAUAUUAACUCAAGAAAGCAAACUGAAGAUGAAAAUCCAGAUAAAACGGAUCUAAACUUCGGAGAUUGGAUGUGCAUUUGGCAUUGCAAAACUGCUUCCCAGGUCCACCUAAUGAAAUUUUCACCAGAUGGAGAAUUUUUCGCCACUGCUGGAAAGGAUGAUUGUCUUCUAAAAGUAUGGUAUAAUGUAGAAAACUGGCGACCAGCUGUUACCUCUCCAGAUAAAAAUUCAGAAAAACAAUCCCAAGGAGAAAUUGAUUUUUCUUUUGUGUAUCUGGCCCAUCCACGAGCUGUAAAUGGAUUUUCCUGGCGUAAAACAAGCAAAUAUAUGCCGAGGGCUUCUGUAUGUAAUGUACUAUUGACUUGCUGUAAAGAUAAUGUAUGUCGUCUUUGGGUACAAACAUUUUUACCAAAUGAUUGCUUGCUGUAUGGAAAUGACUGCAACCACUGGUGUGAACCAAUUAGUUUAACAAAUAAUUUCAAGAGGAAUGCUUCCAGUAAAGACCGAGUUCAAAGUGCUCUAGAAGUAAAUCUGAGGCCUUUCCGUAGAGGUCGGAGUAGAUCACUUGCUCUUGUAGCACAUACUGGCUAUCUGCCACAUCAGCAGGAUCCUCACCAUGUCCACAGGAACACGCCACUGCAUGCCAAUGCACUUUGUCACUUUCAUAUUGCAGCCAGCAUCAACCCAGCCACAGAUAUCCCACUUCUUCCAUCUAUUACAUCUUUGAGUUUAAGUGAAAAUGAAGAGAAGUCUGGACCUUUUGUGGUACACUGGUUAAACAAUAAAGAGUUGCAUUUUACUUUGUCCAUGGAAGUCUUCUUACAGCAACUUAGAAAAAGUUUUGAACAGCCCUCAUCUGAGGCCAGUGUAGAAGACUCUAUUCAGGCAGAUGUAAAAUCUGAUGAAGAAAUGGAUGAUGGUGUUGAUGAUUUAAAAAUAAAUCAUGAAAAGAAGGAAUUGAGUGAAGAUAAAAUGUUACCAAGCUCAAGUUUUACACCAUUAUCGUCAGCUGCCAUCGAUCAUCAGAUUGAAGUGCUUCUAUCUGAAUGGAGUAAAAACGCAGACAUGCUUUUCAGUAUUCAUCCCAUGGAUGGGUCUUUACUAGUUUGGCAUGUCGAUUGGCUGGAUGAAUACCAGCCUGGUAUGUUUCGUCAAGUUCAGGUGUCCUUUGUUUCCAGAAUUCCUGUAGCUUUCCCCACAGGUGAUGCAAACUCUCUUUGUAAAAGCAUAGUAAUGUACGCCUGUACCAAGAAUGUUGACUUAGCUAUUCAACAAGGAAAACAGAAACCUACUGGCCUCACUCGUUCCACAUCAAUGCUUAUCUCUUCUGGUCACAGUAAAUCAUCGAAUAACUUAAAAUUAAGUAUUUUUACCCCUAAUGUUAUGAUGAUUUCAAAGCAUGCUGAUGGUUCUUUGAAUCAGUGGCUGGUUAGUUUUGCUGAGGAAUCUGCUUUUUCUACAGUGCUUAGUAUUUCUCACAAAUCCAGAUAUUGUGGUCAUCGUUUUCAUCUUAAUGAUUUAGCUUGCCACUCAGUAUUACCUUUAUUACUGACAACAUCACAUCAUAAUGCAUUAAGGACACCAAAUGUUGGUAACCAAAAGCAAGCUCAUGACACUGUAAAUAUUGAAGAAUGUUUGACACAGCAAAAUAAAAGCAACGUUGAUACAUCAUUUCAAGAUCCCAAUGCAAUUUAUAGUGAGCUUAUUCUUUGGAGAGUUGAUCCAGUUGGGCCACUAUCUUUUUCUGGAGGAGUAUCUGAACUUGCCCGAAUUAAUUCUCUUCAUGUUUCUGCCUUUUCCAAUGUUGCAUGGCUCCCUACUCUCAUACCCAGUUACUGUCUAGGUGCAUACUGCAACUCUCCUAGUGCAUGCUUUGUAGCUAGUGAUGGACAAUAUCUGAGGUUAUAUGAAGCAGUUAUCGAUGCCAAGAAACUUUUAUAUGAGCUUUCCAACCCUGAAAUUUCUAAAUAUGUUGGUGAAGUGUUUAACAUCAUCAGUCAGCAAUCAACAGCCAGACCAGGAUGCAUUAUUGCAUUAGAUUCUAUUACCAAGCUUCAUGGCAGAAAAACCCAGUUGCUUCAUGUUUUUCAAGAAGAUUUCAUUUUGAAUAACCUUGAGAAGAAACGUCUGGGAAUAGAUAACAUGUUAUUGGAUUCAGACAGUUCACGUAAUGGAUUUUCUGAAAAGUUCUACCUGGUUGUGAUAGAGUGUACUCAAGACAACCGUUCACUAUUACGCAUGUGGGAUUUACACUUAAAGUCGAUUCCUGUCUCACUGGAUGAAAGAAUAGACACAAAAAUAUCAGAAGCUAGUUGGCUACCAGAAGAACAUUAUUCGUCUUCUCCAGAGAAGAUUGUAUCUCCAUUUUCUCAGAAAUUCCAGGCUUGCAGAGCUAAUCUGCAGAGCACCAGCAAGUUGUCUCUUUUUUCUGAAAUGGUGUACAGCAAAGAGUUGGAUUUGCCAGAAGGAGUUGAGAUAAUAAGUGUUAAGCCCUCAGCAGGACACUUGAGUUCGUCUUCCAUAUAUCCUGUUUGCAGUGCUCCUUACUUAUUGGCAACUUCAUGCUCAGAUGAUAAAGUAAGAUUUUGGCGCUGCAGAGUAACAAAUGGAGAAUCAGCUACAUCAAAGAAUGGAAAAAUAGAUCUUGUGUAUGUUUGGGAAGAAUGGCCAUUACUCAUUGAAGAUGGACUUCAGAGCAAUAGUAGUAUAACUGUACCUGGUAGGCCUGUAGAAGUGAGCUGUGCACAUACAAACCGUUUAGCAGUAGCCUAUAAACAGCCCACUUGUAAUAGUAGAUCUCAGGAAUUUGUGAUGUAUGUGAGUAUCUUUGAAUGUGAGUCUACAGGAGGUUCAUGUUGGAUCCUUGAACAGACAAUUCAUUUAGAUGAGUUAAGUACAGUGUUGGAUUCUGGAAUUAGUAUUGACAGCAAUUUAGUGGCUUAUAAUAAACAGGAGACGUAUUUAGUCAGUAAAGAAAGUAUUACAUCAAACACAAAACAUUUGGUUCACUUAGAUUGGAUGUCUAGAGAAGAUGGUUCUCAUAUCUUAACUGUAGGAAUUGGCUCAAAACUUUUUAUGUAUGGACCCAUGGCUGGCAAGGUACAAGAACAGACUGGGAAGGAGAACCAGGCAUUUCCUCUCUGGGACAGUACUAAAAUUGUACCUCUUUCUAAAUUUGUACUGUUAAGAAGUGUGGACUUGGUUUCUUCUGUAGAAGGUGCCCCACCUUUUCCUGUUUCUUUAUCAUGGGUCCGGGAUGGCAUCCUUGUGGUAGGAAUGGAUUGUGAAAUGCAUGUAUAUUCCCAAUGGCAGCCAUCUUAUAAACAAGAACCUGUUAUAUCAGAUUCAUGCAAUGGAAGUACUCCAUCUAUACUAAGUUUAAUAAAACAAAGUAACUCAUCAAGUUCUGGGCUACAUCCUCCAAAGAAAACUCUUACUCGAUCCAUGACCAGUCUUGCACAGAAAAUCUGUGGAAAGAAAAGUACAUUUGACCCUUCAGUGGAUAUGGAAGAUUCCGGUCUUUUUGAAGCAGCUCAUGUACUUUCUCCAACUUUACCUCAGUACCAUCCCUUGCAGCUUUUGGAACUCAUGGAUCUUGGCAAAGUCCGGAGAGCCAAGGCCAUCUUGUCACAUCUUGUCAAAUGCAUUGCUGGGGAAGUUGUGGCUCUGAAUGAAACUGAAUCUAAUCAUGAGCGCCGCCUUAGAUCUCUCACCAUCAGUGCUAGUGGAAGUACCACCAGAGACCCCCAGGCAUUCAACAAAGCUGAAAACAGAGACUACACAGAGAUAGACUCUGUCCCUCCACUUCCUUUAUAUGCCUUACUUGCAGCAGAUGAUGAUAGCUAUUACUCUUCUUUGGAAAAGACUAGGAGUGACAGUUCCUUAAGGAAAUCAAAACAGUUAUCAAAAGAAAGUUAUGAUGAACUUUUUCAGACUUCAGUUCUGAUGUCUGAUAAUCACAUGUUAGAGGCAGAUGAAGAAAAUGUACAGCCCAGAGUCAUUGACCUUUCACAAUACAGUCCAACUUACUUUGGUCCUGAGCAUGCUCAGGUUCUUUCUGGCCAUUUACUUCAUUCUAGUUUACCAGGGCUCACCAGGAUGGAACAGAUGUCUUUGAUGGCCUUAGCAGAUACAAUUGCAACUACAAGCACUGAAAUUGGAGAAAGUAGAGACAGAAGUCAAGGUGGAGAAACUCUAGAUGAGUGCGGAUUAAAGUUUCUUUUGGCUGUUCGACUCCAUACGUUUCUUACAACUUCCCUUCCAGCCUACCGAGCUCAACUCCUUCACCAAGGUCUUUCUACUGGUCAUUUUGCUUGGGCAUUUCACUCAGUAGCCGAGGAAGAACUGCUGAAUAUGUUGCCAGCCAUGCAGAAAGAUGAUCCAACUUGGUCUGAACUGAGAGCAAUGGGUGUAGGGUGGUGGGUUCGCAAUGCUCGCAUCUUGCGCAGAUGCAUAGAAAAAGUAGCCAAAGCAGCCUUUCAUAGAAAUAAUGAUCCUUUAGAUGCUGCAAUUUUUUACCUUGCAAUGAAAAAAAAAGCUGUGAUUUGGGGAUUAUAUAGAUCUCAAAAAGACACCAAAAUGACACAGUUUUUUGGGCACAAUUUUGAGGAAGAGAGGUGGCGUAAAGCAGCUUUGAAAAAUGCCUUUUCUUUAUUAGGCAAGCAAAGGUUUGAACAUUCUGCAGCAUUUUUUCUUCUAGGUGGUUGCCUCAAGGAUGCAAUUGAGGUAUGUCUUGAAAAACUGAAUGACAUUCAGUUGGCUCUUGUAAUAGCAAGACUAUUUGAGUCUGAAUUUGAUAAAUCAGCAACAUACAAGUCUAUUUUACGCAAAAAAGUUUUGGGAAUUGGUUCUCCAGUCAGUGAGCUCAGUUCAUCGAAUAUAAAUGCACAUCAUGACCCCUUUCUUCGGAGUAUGGCACAUUGGAUUUUAGAAGAUUAUAGUGCUGCUCUGGAAACAUUAAUAAAGCAACCAGUUACAGAGGAUGAAGAUCAAGUCAUGAUGUCAGCCUGUAAUCCUGUAGUUUUUAAUUUCUACAAUUACCUAAGAACACAUCCUCUUUUGCUAAGGCGUCAUUUUGGAUCAUCUGAUACAUUUUCAACACACAUGGCUUUAACAGGAAAAAGUGGACUGGCAGGAACAAUUAAUCUAAGUGAAAGAAGAUUAUUUUUUACUACUGCUAGCGCUCACCUAAAAGCUGGCUGCCCAAUGUUGGCUUUGGAAGUAUUGUCAAAGAUGCCCAAAGUCUGUAAGAAAACAAAACCCUUUUGUAGAGGAUCUAGUUUUUUUAUGAGUAAAGAUUCUUCUCCACUAAAAUCGGAUGCCAGAGAAGACAAGUCUUCUGCUAUUGACUGGUCACAGUCACUGAUAAAUGGUUUUGAAUCUUCUUCAGAGGGUUCUUCAGAGAGGCACUCAAACUCUACCUUUUCUUUUGAUUGGAGCCAACCGAGUAUGGUAUUUCAAGAUGACUCUUUGGAGUUGAAAUGGGAUAGUGAUAAUGAUGAAGAAAAUGAAGAUCUCCCUAUUUCAAUGAAAGAAAUAAGACCUUUGCAGAGAAAGACAGUUGUUAAAGAAUUAGACGAAUUGAGCAGUUACACAGACUCCUUAAGCACAUUAGAUGAAAAUGACAUUUUAAAUCCAUCAGAAGAUAUAAUUGCUGUUCAACUAAAAUUUAGAGCAUGUUUAAAGAUUCUCACAGUAGAACUUCGUACUUUAUCUACUGGCUAUGAAAUAGAUGGUGGGAAAUUGCGUUACCAGCUCUACCACUGGCUUGAAAAAGAGGUAGUAGCUCUUCAGAGGACUUGUGACUUUUGCUCAGAUGCAGAACAACUGCAGUCCACAUUUAGCCAAAGUGCAGAUGAAUCUGGAUCAAUUGAGGAUGCUGAUGAUUUGCAUCACCAAACAAAAGUGAACCAACUGAGAGAAAGUUUCCAGGAAAAAAGGCAGUGGCUCUUGAAAUAUCAGUCACUCUUAAGAAUGUUUCUUAGUUACUGUGUGCUUCAUGGCUCUCAUGGUGGGGGUCUUGCAUCAGUGAGAAUGGAAUUAAUUUUACUUUUGCAAGAGUCUCAGCAGGAAACAGCAGAACCAAUAUUUUCUAACCCUCUGUCAGAACAAACUUCCGUGCCUCUUCUCUUUGCUUGUACAGCUAGUGCCAAAACAGUAGUUGCCAAUCCAUUAUUGCACCUUAGUAAUUUAACACAUGAUAUUCUACAUGCCAUAAUAAAUUUUGAUUCACCGCCACAUCCUGAUAGCCAAAGCAAUAAAGUAUAUGUAAUGCAUACUUUAGCAGCCUCACUUUCUGCUUGUAUUUAUCAGUGCCUUUGUGGUAGUCAUAACUACAGUUCAUUUCAAACAAAUCAGUUUACUGGAAUGGUGUAUCAGACAGUGCUUCUUGCCCAUCGACAUUCUCUGAGAACAGGAAGUUUAGAUGAAUCAGUAACUCCCAACACAUCACCAGCUCAAUGGCCAGGAAUAAAUUGUCUGAUUCAACUUUUGAAUUCUUCCGGUGAAGAAGCUCAGUCAGGACUUACAGUCUUGCUUUGUGAAAUUCUCACAGCAGUGUAUCUUAGCCUGUUCAUUCAUGGGCUAGCAACACACUCUAGUAAUGAGCUAUUUCGGAUUGUAGCCCACCCCCUAAAUGAAAAAAUGUGGUCUGCAGUAUUUGGUGGAGGAGCUCAUGUUCCCAGCAAAGUACAGACAAAAGCUUUAUCUGUUGAAGGAGAAAAACAAAACAAACAUAUUAGUCCACCAAAAGUGUCUGGCAGAGAAUCUUCUCCUGUAUCCUCUUCCUCUGUAAAUCAGGAGCCACUUGCAGUCAAGGAGAAGUUCAUCCCACCUGAACUAAGCAUCUGGGACUAUUUCAUAGCCAAGCCUUUUCUCCCACCUUCCCAAAGUAGAGCAGAAUAUGAUUCUGAGGAGAGUCUAGAAAGUGAUGACGAUGAAGAUGAUGAUGACGAUACUUUGACUUCUGAUCUCCAACUCCAUGAGCACUCAAAUUCAAAUUCAUUCAGUUGGUCUUUGAUGAGAUUGGCUAUGGUCCAGUUGGUGCUCAACAAUUUGAAGACUUUCUAUCCCUUUGCAGGUCAUGAUCUUGCAGAACUACCAGUUAGUUCACCUCUUUGUCAUGCAGUUCUAAAAACUCUUCAGUGCUGGGAACAGGUUCUUCUCCGGCGACUUGAAAUCCAUGGUGGACCACCUCAAAACUAUAUCUCAAGUCACACUUCUGAAGAGAAUGUGUCUGCAGGCCCUGCAAUACUCCGUCACAAAGCUUUACUAGAACCUACAAACACUCCUUUCAAAUCCAAAAAUCAUCUCGCACUAUCAGUGAAGAGGCUUUGGCAGUACUUGGUAAAACAGGAAGAAAUUCAAGAAACUUUUAUCAGAAAUAUAUUCACAAAGAAACGAUGUCUAAAUGAGUCAUUAGAGGACAGCAGUGAAACCAUCAAAAAUUCUAUGAUGGAGGAGCCAAACAUCAAUAAGAUAGAAGCAGAUCUGGGAUAUCCUGGAGGUAAAGCAAGAAUUAUUCAUAAGGAAUCUGAUAUCAUUACUGCCUUUGCUGUUAAUAAGGCAAAUAGAAAUUGCAUAGCAAUUGCCUCCAGCCAUGAUGUACAAGAACUGGAUGUUUCUGGAAUUCUGGCCACACAGAUAUAUACUUGGGUGGAUGAUGAUACAGAAACAGAAACCAAAGGAUCAGAAGACUUCUUGGUUAUACAUGCUCGUGAUGACCUAUCAGCUGUCCAGGGUUCAACUCCAUAUACACACAGCAACCCUGGCACUCCAAUCAACAUGCCAUGGCUUGGAAGUACACAGACAGGCAGAGGAGCAUCAGUGAUGCUUAAGAAAGCCAUUAAUAAUGUUAGAAGAAUGACAUCACAUCCAACUCUUCCUUACUAUCUGACAGGAGCUCAAGAUGGAAGUGUCAGAAUGUUUGAAUGGGGCCAUUCUCAGCAAAUAACCUGUUUUCGACCUGGUGGCAAUUCAAGAAUUACAAGAAUGAGAUUUAACUAUCAGGGAAAUAAGUUUGGAAUUGUUGAUGCUGAUGGAUAUUUAAGCUUAUACCAAACAAACUGGAAAUGUUGCCCAGUUACUGGAAGCAUGCCUAAGCCAUAUCUGGCUUGGCAGUGUCAUAACAAGACAGCCAAUGAUUUUGUCUUCAUUAGUUCCUCCUCUCUGAUAGCUACAGCUGGUCUUUCAAGUGACAAUAGAAACAUAUGUCUAUGGGACACGCUUGUAGCACCUGCCAAUAGUUUAGUCCAUGCUUUUACCUGCCAUGAUAGUGGAGCCACAGUUUUAGCAUAUGCUCCCAAACAUCAGCUACUAAUAUCAGGUGGCAGAAAAGGUUUCACAUGUGUAUUUGACCUUCGACAACGGCAACAGAGGCAGCUUUUUCAGAGCCAUGAUUCCCCUGUUAAAGCUAUUGCUAUUGAUCCAACUGAAGAGUACUUUGUUACAGGAUCUGCAGAAGGCAAUAUAAAGAUUUGGAGUCUUUCUACCUUUAGUCUUCUCCAUACUUUUAUCAAUGAACAUGCUCGACAGUCUAUUUUUAGAAAUAUUGGAACUGGAGUCAUGCAGAUUGAGACAGGACCAGCAAAUCACAUUUUCUCUUGUGGAGCUGAUGGAACAAUGAAAAUGAGGAUUCUGCCGGAUCAGUUUAGCCCUUUAAAUGAGGUGUUGAAAAAGGAUGUGAAAUUUAUGCUAUAACAUUUUCACAAGAAAAUGGUUUAUUACCUGUUUUGUAGAAGUGGCAAGCCGAUGCAGUACACAGUAAUCACCUGCACUAUAGAUAAACUAGUGCUUUCUUGUUUUCAUAUUUAUUUUAUAGAGCUUUGCCCUUGAUGCACUGAUGCCUUAAAAGAUAACAAGUCAUUCAGCGUUAGAUCUUAUUGCCUAACAUAGAAUGUUAGAAUGUAUUAGUAAUGCUGUAUUCAUACUUAUUUAUAGUAUAUUUUAGUAAAUACGCCAUCAUGUUAAAGGAACUUUGUUUUCUCAUUGUUAUAAACUCUGUGCAAACACCAAUGCAUGAAGUCCACCUUUACCAUGAAGUAAAACAGGUGCCUGAGAUAACACUCACCACCCUCUCACUUCCCUGUCACACAGACAGCGCUAAUUUUUUUCUUGUUAAUAAUGAAAGGUUUAUAUAGAUCAGAUAAGACAUUGCCACUAAAACUGCUAUUGGGACUUGAAGUGAUAAAAAAGUCCAAGAGUUUAUUAGUUUUCCUCUUUCCUCUCUAUAACCCAAAUGUGUGUAUGUAAAUGUAUUUAUGUGUAUGUACAUAUGUGUGCAUAUGUGUGUGUGUGUGUGUGUAUAUAUAUAUAUAUAUCUUACACAUCUUACUUGAUAUUGUAUAUACAGAAACAGAAACUAUAAAUCUUUUCAUGUAUUUUGUGCCAUAACAUCUACUGCCACCGGUAUAAAACUUCUCUUGCAACUCUGUUUUGUUUUGUUUUUUUUUUUAAGUUUUUAAAAUUAUUUUAAUCUUAAUGUCAUUUUUAAGAAGAGUUUUAAGAUUAUUACUAUUUUAAAGAUAUUGAAUCAACUAAGUCUCAGUAGGCAAUAAAGAUGUUGUGUGGCACACAGGCACUUUGAUUAUAAAUUUGUCACCAGUUUCAAUGAUGAGAUGUUUUAGUUAAAUUCUGUUUUAAUUUUAUUUCUUUUAAGAUGCAUUUAGUCUAAAAAUUCUGAAAAUGUUAAUAGCAGUGUUUUUAGAAACAAAUGUGAAAAGUCAAAUUAAGUAUAGUAUUUACAAAUGUACAGUGCCCUACAGAUCUACAUUGAUAGGAAAUAAAUGUUAUAUUUUAUUAUUUUUGCCAAAACAUUAUUUUAUUAUAAAAUUUGACCAAAAUAUUUAAAAUAUACAAUGCCUCUAUCUUAAAUAUGCUAAUCCUAUUUCUGUCUGUUUCGUGCUAUAUCUUUUCUGAUUCAGAAUUUAAAAAAAAAAAAAAAAAAAUCCUUGGGAAAAAUACUUGAUUUUUAGCCAAUGUGACUGACAGUAGAAUAAGUGUUUAAGGGACAGUUACAUACUAUUUAGCUCAAAUUUAUUUUUAGUUAGAACCAGAAAUGACCAUUUUUAUGUAAUGAAACAUGAAAAACUAUUAGGAAUUGAAGAGUCAAAGCAAAGAAACGAAGGGCUGGUAAAUGAAUUUUGUAAUAUCCUCAGGAUACUUUUAUUAUAAAAGUGUAUUGUUAAAGGUUUUGUAAUUGUAUUUCAUAUUUUAAAUAUAGUGAGCAAGGUACAGUGAAAACACUAUCGUUAUAGAGAGUUUAUAUGCACAGAGUAACCUGUACCUGUAAAUUGUGCAAUAGCAAUAUAUGACUAUUUUGCCAUGGAGAAAUCUGUGACAUUACAAACAAUAUUUUUCUUUGAUGUAGCUAAGUUAUUUUUUAGUAAACUCUUCACAAACCAAGAUUCAAAGGCUUUAAACACUUUCCAUAAGAAAUAAAAUUUCCUAUCAUGUUUAUAAAAAUCAAAAGGCUGCGGGGAUGAACUAUUGAGCAUUUUAAUUGAAAGUUUAUAUGAAUAACCACGUAUUAUGUAAGCCCAUAUGUAUUUACAUCCAGAGUCAUAUUUUAAAUAAACAAUCAUGCAUUGA